CAGUUGGUCGCGCGUCGUCAACAAGUCAACAACUUGUCUUUAAAGUGUCUGCUGCUUUUGGGGAAUCGCAAGAACUGGUUUUGUGUCAUCAAUCUCCAUCUCCAUCUCCAUCUCGAUUCGAAGUCAGAAGUGAAGAGUACAUAGAAUGUGGCUGGCACAGUCUUUGGUGUUGACGGUGAUUAUGUUGCAAGUGCUGCACGUUCAAAUGCAACCUCUGAACAAUGUGGAACUGGUGCCUGAGGACGUCGACAACGCUAACGACAACGACAACGAUGCGGGUCGAGUGCUUUACGAUCAGCGGCAGACGGGUAAAUACAACAUUCACGUGAGCAUCAAGGAUGUGGCCAUCAUCGAGGUGGAUCAGAAUGAGCUGGCCGAUGAUUCCUAUAAUGCCGAGGACGAUGAUUAUUACUACGACGAUAGUGCGCUGACCAUUAAGCCCAUCAAGUUUACCACCGAAGCCAGUACCACAACAACAACAACAACACCAACAACAACAGCAACAAAGACUGCGCCAACAACAGCAAUAGAGACUUCGGCAGCAACAACUGUGAGUGGCAAUGUCAGCGCCUACAGUGCACAACUCUUGGCAGACAUUGCAGCCACACAACGUCAGAAGCCGAAGACGAACAAUUUGAUCAUUAUGGACUCGCUCCCAGACAGCUCAUCCACACUGCCGUCCCCAAGUUGGUUGCAUGCCAGGUCGAAGGAUGAGCCCAUAACAACCACAGUGGGCUCAUCGAACAUUGAGUACACUCCACCUCAAGGUCACGACUCGCCCAUUUUCAAGGUGAAAGUGCAACGUGCCGCGAGUCCAAAUCUGAGUCCAACGGAGCACACUUCGGCACGCUGUCGAGCUCAUCAGUUCCGCGAUGCUCAGGGCAAGUGUCGCACCAAACGCUCUGGUUCCAUCUUAAGAAAGCUCUUUAGCAUGUUGGUGUCGCUGCCCUUUGCCGGCAGUCGUCGCUCUGGUCAUGGUCAUGGUCUCCAGGUGUCUCCUCCCUAAAAAGACGUUGGACAAUGAUUACGCACUUUUUAUUUUAAGUACUCUCAUUAUUGGCACUCGUAAACACUCUAGUUGUUCAAUAAGCGCAUUCAAUUAUACAUUUUUAUUA